AUGUCAAAGGCAGCCCGUACACACAACACCCACCCCACUGUUGGAGCAAACAACACCUAUUCCACUGUUGGAGUACACAACACCCACUCCACUGUUGGAGUACAAAACACCUUCUCCACUGUCGGAGUACACAACACCUACUCCACUGUCGGAGUACACAACACCUACUCCCCUGUUGGAGUACACAACACCCACUCCACUGUUGGAGUACACAACACCUACUCCACUGUCGGAGUACGCAACACCCACUCCACUGUUGGAGUACACAUCACCCACUCAACUGUUGGAGCGCACAACACCUACUCCAAUGUUGGAGUACACAACACCUACUCCACUGUUGGAGUACACAACACCCACUCCCCUGUUGGAGCAAACAACACCCACUCCACUGUUGGAGUACACAAGACCUACUCCACUGUUGGAUCAAACAACACCCACUCCACUGUCGGAGUACACAACACCUACUCCACUGUUGGAGCAAACAACACCCACUCCACUGUUGGAGUACACAACACCUACUCCACUGUCGGAGUACACAACACCCACUCCACUGUGGGAGCAAACAACACCCACUCCACUUUUGGAGCAAACAACACCCACUCCACUAUUGGAGUACACAACACCUACUCCACUGUCGGAGUACACAACACCCACUCCACUGUUGGAGCAAACAACACCCACUCCACUGUUGGAGUACACAACACCUACUCCACUGUUGGAGCAAUCAACACCCACUCCACUGUCGGAGUACACAACACCUACUCCACUGUUGGAGCAAACAACACCCACUCCACUAUUGGAGUACACAACACCUACUCCACUGUCGGAGUACACAACACCCUCUCCCCUCUUGGAGCAAACAACACCCACUCCACUGUUGGAGUACACAACACCCACUCCACUGUUGGAGUACACAACACCUACUCAACUGUUGGAGUACACAACACCCACUCCACUGUUGGAGUACGCAACACCCACUCCACUGUUGGAGUACACAUCACCCACUCAACUGUUGGAGCGCACAACACCUACUCCAAUGUUGGAGUACACAACACCUACUCCACUGUUGGAGUACACAACACCCACUCCCCUGUUGGAGCAAACAACACCCACUCCACUGUUGGAGUACACAAGACCUACUCCACUGUUGGAGCAAACAACACCCACUCCACUGUCGGAGUACACAACACCCACUCCACUGUUGGAGCAAACAACACCCACUCCACUAUUGGAGUACACAACACCUACUCCGCUGUCGGAGUACACAACACCUACUCCACUGUUGGAGCAAACAACACCCACUCCACUUUUGGAGCAAACAACACCCACUCCACUAUUGGAGUACACAACACCUACUCCACUGUCGGAGUACACAACACCCACUCCACUGUUGGAGCAAACAACACCCACUCCACUGUUGGAGUACACAACACCUACUCCACUGUUGGAGCAAACAACACCCACUCCACUGUCGGAGUACACAACACCUACUCCACUGUUGGAGCAAACAACACCCACUCCACUAUUGGAGUACACAACACCUACUCCACAGUCGGAGUACACAACACCCACUCCCCUCUUGGAGCAAACAACACCCACUCCACUGUUGGAGUACACAACACCCACUCCACUGUUGGAGUACACAACACCUACUCAACUGUUGGAGCACACAACACCUACGCCACUGUUGGAGUACACAACACCUACUCCACUGUUGGAGUACACAACACCCACUCCACUGUCGGAUACACAACACCCACUCCACUGUUGGAGUACACAACACCCACUCCACUGUUGGAGUACACAACAACCACUCCACUGUUGGAGUACACAACACCCACUCCACUGUUGGAGCGCACAACACCUACUCCACUGUUUGAGCACACAAAACCCACUCCACUGUUGGAGCACACAACACCUACGCCACUGUUUGAGUACACAACACCUACUCCCCAGUUGGAGUGA